AUGACCCGGAACGAUUCGUUACCCAUGGCCAAUUGGACAGAACAGUUCCGCCACGAAAAUUCUAUCCUUCAAGCCUAUAAAAUAGCCCGUCUUCUCAGAAAUUGCUACGAUGUCGGCUUCGCAAUCGUCUUCCCGAAAGACGGAGUCUCGGUCAAUGACGACAUUAUCAACUUUAACGACAUCCCCGAAGCAGACCGAAAAACUUCUCUGAUAGAUCUCGCACAUGGGUUUUUUGACUUGAGUCUAGUCCCCGAGGACAGAAAAGAAGAAGUCUUUCGUAGGCUAGAGAUAGCGUUCAAUACAAAGGGGAGUACCAUGGAUGCAUCCCCAACAAACGAAACCCCCAACACAACUGAGCUUCCUAUAAUCAUGGAUGUAUUAGAGUCGUGCUCACCACAGUCGACUACGAGUGCUAUCCCGUUCUCAAUUGAUCAAGGCAGAGAUGAAAUGACUUUGGUGGGGCAUCAAAGACGUGGAACGAAAGUGAUCCAUGAAGUUCGUGAUGUCGAUGUUGAACCACUCUCUGCGCAGAAAAAUCAGCAUGUUGAGGAGAAGAUCGAGCCAAUAGCUCGCAAAGAGUUGGCAGAAGCGGACGAGAUUAUCCAGAGACAGGACACCAAAACUGCCCAGCUACUUGAAUGGAAGAACCAAAACAGCCUGCUUGUUGAGGAUAUGGAAAGGGAUCAUGCAUUGCAGUCCAGAUACCUGGCCGCAAGAAAGAGCUUCCCAAACCCCAAACCAGGCAAUUAUAGAAACUCACCCCUAAUUGAGGAAGGCAAUUCUGCUGCUCGUGGUGGAAGAUGCUUAGCAGACUUGCAAAGAAUGGAAAUCAAGCCUGUGGAUGGCGACUCAGACUGGUUUGAAAAGGGGUAUUUCGUAACAAUCAAUGGUGUCCAAAGAUUUAAAGGAAUUUCAGCGGUUCGAAAGCUCCUAUAUAUGCGAUUCGACUUGCAAAAUCUCGAAUUCAUCGAUCAGCAGACUUUAAGCGAAUCUGAGACUACUUUCUAG